AUGGCCGCUCAGCAACGCAAAGCACGCGCAGCACCAGCCGACGCACACACUGCGCCGGCUGCGGCGUCGGCGGGCCUGCACGCCGCCUCGAGCGCGCCCGCUCCGGCCGCACGCGCCCCUCCCCGCACCGACGACGACGAGUCCGCGACCGACGACGAUGAGCCCUCCAGCGACAAGCUCAAGGUCGACAAGCGGCCGCUCUCGACCGAUGAAGAAGCGGCCGGCAGGCAGCUCUACUCGCACCUCGUCCUGCGCCGCGACAAGGCCGCGCUCGAGCCGCUCGUCCGCCGCCCGGCGCUGCGCCGUCUCGUCGCGUCGAUCGACUUGGCGGUGCUCGUCGCCGAGGACGCGAGGGAGAGGAAGCAGGAGGACGAGCGGGAGCGCAAGAAGAAGCUGCGCGAGGACAAGGAGCGCAGGGAGAAGGAGCGCGAGGAGCAGGAGCAGGUCGGCAUGGACGUUUACGGUCAGGGCGGCAAGGGCGGCGUCGGUCGCAGGAGCGACGAGAAGCAGGCCGCCGAGGCGCAAAAGGCGGCCGACGAGGAGGCGGCGGCCGAGGCCAAAGCCGUCGAGGACAAGGCGGCCGAGGACAAGCUCGUCGCCGAGCACAUCGAGACGAUCCUCGCCGACGUGCCCAACGUCAAGGCCGUUCGAGCCGUCUCGUGCGACGAGCUCGUCCACGUCCUCCUGUCGCAGUCGACGAUCCGCGUCGAGCGCCUCGACAUCCAGCUCGUCGUCGGCGACCUGCUCCUCCAGUGCGCUCCGGCCCUCGUGGACCUGCACGACCUGCGGUGCGACGACAUCGACGACAACGCCGACCUGCCCGUUCUGCGCAACCUCACGACGCUCCACGUCAGGUCGUACUGCGACGCCGCCACCUUCCUGUUGAUGGUCGCGCCGGUCCGCGACCAGCUCGUCGACCUCGCCUUUCCCGUCUCGUCGCGCAUCCAGCCGUUCAACCUCGGCUCGUUCCUCAAGGUCAAGCACUUCCGGCUGCGCAUCCAGAACGAGCCAUUCCCGCGGGCGACACGGCCGGAAUCGAGCGCGUCGUCCUGGGUCCCGCACGGCCUGCCGCACGUCGAGCACUUGUACCUCGAGGGCACGCUCAAGUUCCGCACCUGGGACGACCGCAUCUCGUCCAACCCGGUCCACCUCCCGCCUCGCACGGCCGACAUCCUCCUCUCCCUCCCUCGCGGCCACCUGCGCCCCGAGGCGCUCGGGACGCUCGCACUCGGCGGCGAGGUCGGGCGCGGCCUGUGCGCGCUCCUGCGGGGCUCGGAGAACGCGUACACGGCGCUCGGUGCGGCGCUCAAGGCGGCCGGUAUCGAGGUGACGACAGUCAGGUGA